AUUCCAGUUGAAAACAUAUGUUUUCCAGCUCCCAUCUGCACUUGAAUAUAACAACACUUAUGAACCCGCCUCAAUGUCCCGAGAAAUGUCUUCUUGGAAAUCUGCAUCUUCCCGCUUGCAUAACCUGAAAGACUACAUUUCCCAACAUCGUGAAGACCUUCGACGAACACUACCUAGAAGAUCGAUUCGACCCGGCGAAAAUGGAUACGUCGAUGGUCAGACAACCCAACAGAGCUGGAGUCAAUGGGCUGGGCGGAGGAUCAAAAGAAGUGGACAGUCUGAUGCAGCGAGCAUCGGUAUCGACGAGCUUUCUCUCUUUCCAGGGUGGGCUACACGGCGCUACAACAUAUCCUCGGUCAGCGAUCCCAAUGGCUCUUUUGACGUAGAUGUAUAUGUCUCAGGAUACGCCACCAGCCGUCGACCUCCCGAGUUCUCUACGCGCUCGCAGCGCGCGUUUAUUCGUUUAGCAAAAGGUUUCGCAGCCUUGCCCAAAAUUCAGGUCCCUCCACCCAACCCCAACGGGUCCUCUGACCCUCUGCUCGAUGAUAACCUGCUAGCUUCUCUCAAGCUACCACCACGGCCAUGGGAGAUUUCAGAUGAUUAUGAAGUGGGAGUGCUGGAAGAGCGAUUUCAGCACGUAGAAGUAGGGAAUCCUGACUGUACCGGCGAUGAUGUAUCAUUCGAGUCUGAGACUUCCGUCGGAAGCAUCGGUUCAUCACAACUUCCAUCCCAGCGUAGUAUUUCUUCUGCGCUCAGCAAUGCCCCUGCAUCAUUGUCUUCAGAUAUUCACAGACUACAUGCAAACCUGGAGUCGCGAUUGCAACCCUUUUGGGCCUCCGCCCUUUCUUCUCGAACAAUCCGCGUGCAUGUAUUCGCUUGUCCUGCUGGAACCUCUCAUCCCAAUACCACGACAUCACUGGAGGACGAGCGCAAAUCCUUCGACUACGGGCCUCUGCUCACAAAAGAUAUACCAACCGGUUCUGAUGGAUCCUUCUCUGCAAAAUUCACAAUUGCAUGGAAAGAUAUCUGCACCCAUCCUCUUGCCCUACAUAUCGCGUUUGGUGAUCCAACGCAAGAAUACGACCUCCUGAUCGUGGCCGAACUGUUACCCCCACCCGUGACAUUGCCCGGACAAGUACUACCACCGCCUUCCCAGCCUUCGGCUCAGUCAACCCUUCAUAUUUCUAUAACGCAAUCACCUGUACGUGUUAUAUCCGACAUUGAUGACACAGUAAAGGUGUCAAGUGUAUCAAGCGGAGCACGGGCUGUGUUCCAUAACGUAUUUGUAAAAGAUCUUCAAGAUAUCAUCAUUCCAGGUAUGGGGGAAUGGUACGACGAAAUGUGGAAACGAGGUGUAAGAUUUCAUUAUGUUUCUAACUCACCCUUCGAGUUGCUGCCAGUCAUCACCCAGUUCUUCCAAGUGUCUCGAUUACCCCCAGGCUCAGUAAAACUCAAGUCAUAUGCUGGUCGCUCUCUCUUCAAUGGCCUUCUUUCAGCCCCAGCCACGCGCAAGCGCGCAAACGCCGUGGAUACUUUGGAUAGCUUCCCGAAUUCAAAAUUUAUUCUUAUUGGUGAUUCAGGGGAACAAGAUCUCGAGUUAUACGCUUCUAUCGCACAGGAGAGGCCAAAUCAGAUCAUUGCCAUCUUUAUUCGUGACGUCGCCACCUACACGGACGGCAUUUCCUGCAUCUACAAUCCAACAGGGGCAAAUAAUGUGCUCACAGAUUCUCCACCACUCACGCCACGCUUUGAUGCGUCACCGAGCAAUGUUUCUAUUCCAAAGGCCACAACGCCACCCCCGCACGCAUUGCCAAAACGCACGAAGUCAGAUCUCAUCCCCAAAGCGCGCCCAUCUCGACAACUCAACAUGCAACCAUUCCCAACUGAUUCGAUGACACUUACGGGCUUGCCGGUAUCUACUGAUCCUGGUUCAUACUUACCUAGCCCUGGGUCUUCAGUCGACUCUGCAAGUUCCAUAUCAUCCAGCAUCUCGCUACCAAUCCGCGCAGGGCGACGAUUGACGGGACAAGCUUCGAUGUUGUCGGAAUCGGAGAAGAAGAGAAUAGAUUUGCAACUUCGAGUAAAUCGUGCGCGAGCACUUAUACCCAGACAAGUCGUUCUGAGAAUAUUCAAAGAGCCUCGUGAGUGCGUAGAGGCACGUGAGCUCCUUGAUGCUUUACAUGUAGGAAUAAUGGAUGCAAAAAAAUCCUAAUGAUAACGCAUACACAGUUUAGCGAAUAGAUGAUUGACAUGUAUGCUGCACGCCUAGCUAUAAUUACAGCAUCUAUGUU